UAAAACCCACAGAAGAAGAAGAAGACUACGCAGAAGAAGAAGAAGACGUAGUUCUUCAGGACAUUUUUGGUCUAAAUUCUACACGCUGUGGAUCUUCAAGCGUCAACUGUCUGAAGGCUGAUGUCACCAUGUUUUACAGAAUGUCGAGAAAUAUUACAGUAGCAGCAAUCCUCAUGUUACUGACAGGGGUUCAGGCUCAGCACAGUCUAGCCAGUGCAGCACCACUCUCCUCUCAGGGUCUCUGUGCUGCUACUGGAUCUACAGUAAAAAUCUCCUGUACAUUUACAACACGUGAUCACUUAAGUGUCACAGAGAGAGAGUGGUAUCGAGUCCAGAGCUCUGAAAGAGAACCACAAGACCUGAGCAAAGAUCCACAAUACUCAGGACGGGUGUCUGUAAGAACCGGGUGGUCUGACUGUGAGCUGACACUGAGCAAUGUGAGAGUGAGUGACUCUGGAGUUUAUAACUUUAGAUUUAAAACACAGAAAAGUGUCUGGAUAUCAGCCUCAUCUGGAGUUCGACUGACUGUUACAGAUCUUAAGGUUACAGUAUCAGACAGCUACAACCACAACAAGACGCUGAGCUGUAACACCACUUGCACUUUGUCCAACAUCCCCACUUACAUCUGGUACAAGAACGGACAGCGUGUUCCUGACCAGGACAGAAAUGAACUGUAUGUCAGUAGUGAGGAUGCAGGCAGCUACUCCUGUGCUGUAAGAGGACAUGAGGAGUUUCGCUCUCCUGCUGUCUGUGUUUUUGAUGAGAAGAGCUGCUGGAGUGUGACUUACUCCACCCAGACUAUCUGCUCUCUGAUUGGCUCAUCAGUGGACAUGCACAGUUAUUACACCUUCCCUCAUCAUUACAAGGUCACAGAAGUUUUCUGGUUCAUUAAAGAGCAGGCUGCUGGUAAGAGUGUGGAUGUGAGAGAGGAUGAGGAGUAUCAGGGCCGAGUGCAGUACACACACAGCUCCCAGAAUAACUGUAGUCUGAGAAUCACUAACCUGAGAGAGAGAGACGCUCAAACCUACAGAUUCAGAUUCUACACUGAUGAUCCUAAAGGGAAAUAUACCGGCCAACCUGGAGUCUCUCUGUCUGUCACAGGUAAUGCCACGCAGUUAUAUAUUUACUUAAUUAAAUCUGUACAGAUGAAAUAAAUGAAGGGAAUUAAUAACUUAUUUUAUUAUUUGCAGAUCUG